GCGGGGAAUAAGCAUCGUCAAGUUGAAGAAACGUCGUCGUCGUCGGGGCCGCCACAGGAAUCAUGGAUGACGACACGUCUUCGUCCAAGUCCAUCCGCAUGAACGCCAGGAAAGAAGUCACUCGGCAUGAAGCAGCAUCAGCCACCGCCGCGGAGUUCGCAAGCAGCUCGCGGUGGAUCGACGCCGAGGAAUACGAGCGCGUGGCGACAAUCAUGGCCCGCGAAAAGGACGACGAGUACCGCAAGUCCCAACCGACGUUACAAUUGUACAAACCCAAGAUCAAGUCAUGGCAUCCACCGGUAAAAGUUCCUCUGCAUAAACGCAAGCAACCCGAUUUGGCAGUCCCCGAGUCUCUCAGGACGAUCGCGGCCCCAGUAAUCCCAGUGCAGCAGCAGCAACCUUCGAAACCAAUCGCCCCUUCUCCACGCAUGAUGGGACAUCGAACGCUAAAGCUCCGUGAAAGCAUUCAACAGCGUGAAAAACAGGAUACAAUGGACUCGAGACGAACAGCCAACAAGGACUUGUAUGCAGCAUUAGUGGAUCGUUUUCGACACAGCGCAAAGGGAUUGAUGAGAAAUUCCGUGAAGACCAUCGACUGUGACAUCACCAAUGUCCACACGAUCGAAGACGCGAUCCUGUACUUUCUGUGCGAAAAGCACCGGCGCAACAUCCUGUAUUUUCAACCAGAGAAGCACCGGCCCGAGGAAACUAUCUACCGACCGUACGACCUCACACACAUUGCACCGUUGACCCAAAACAACAAGGAAGAGCAUUACGUCAUGGGCGCGACGAACCUCGUGCACUACAAGGCCAACGAGAACGUCGAGUGCAUUCCCGUGUCCGAGUGGGUGUACCACAGCCACAUGUUUGACCACUUGCUCAAGGGCAUCCCGUUAUUCCAACAGCUCCUCCGCCGCCGCAUGUUUUCGAAUUGGAACUUGAACGUCCAGAUGCGGCUGUACUGCGAAACCCGCUUGCGGUUGGGCCGACGCCUCCACUGCGCCCGUCCCAACUUUAUGCUAGCGCUUCGCGUCAUUCACAACGUGAGCUCGACCAUCCGCAAAAUCUGCGCGUUGGACGUGACGGCCGCCGCGUCGGCCAAGGCAAUUCCCCUCGCGGAAUGGACUCACUUGCAGGAAGUGCGCAUCGGGGCGAUCGAAAGCCAACUCAACGACGCCAAAGCCACGGUACAUGGAGCGCUGUACACGCUCGUGCAGUCGAUUCGAGACGACCGGUCGCCCGACUUGUUGCUCGAUCAACUGGACAACACCGACAUGUACAAGAUGCGUCAAGCUUAUCCCGAGUGGAAAUCCAUUCCCAUGGCCGCAAUGAAGCAAUUCAAGGCCGACAACCAGACGCAAGUGGCCCAAGCCAAGCGCGAUUUAAUGCUGCUGCCGUCCCUGUUUCGGCUGCUGCAGUACUUGUUUACUGAGAGCGUGUACUUUAUGGUCCUGGCGUCGAUCCACCACUUGCACAUGCAGUUUUCGGCCGCCGACGGGUGCGCCAUCACGGUGGCCGUGUCAUUUCUCGAGAAAGAUGCCAACGGCAUGACGCUGGAACCGUCGGAACAAGACAUGCUACAUCAUUCGAUGGAAGCACUGUCUCGGCUUGUUGCGCUCUCCAACAGUUACUCGAGCGAGUAUCGUCUGAUCGAGUACUUGACGCCGCCCGAAGUCGCCGACGCCGUGCCCGACGGAAAGUUCGUGUCUGGGAUGCGGCUCGUGGAUUUGCUCAAGUCAGACGACGGGUUCCACGCCAAGGUGCGGAGUAUUCGCACAGCGAUCAAGGUCGCGUUCACCAAAGUCGCGACGAACGUGAAAUCGUUUGAAACGCUUCGGCCCAUCUACAGCGCGAUUCAAAACCCAAGUGACGAGCUGCCGACGAUGGACAAGGUGGACCAGUACAUGGAAAAUGUGCCCAUCCUACUCAAGACCAUUCAAACGAAGAUCAGGCGUCUGGAUACGUGGCAACAUCAGUGCCAUAAAACACAAGCAAGUUGGAGCAUUGGCUUUCUUGAGGUUCAUUGUCGCCACAUUAUCAGUGAAUUGCUUGAGCGGAUCAACACGCAGCGGUCGAUGGCCCAUCAGCUGUUGACUGACCUGACCACACAAGGGAUUUUACUAUGUGUGACAGCGUUAAAGGACGCCGUGACCAUCAUGGACGAACGGCCGCAAACGACCGAAGCGUUUUGUGAGCAAAGGCGAUGCAUACGCACACUAUCAGAGAACGAAAAGCUGCUUUUGCAGGAGAUUCGCAUGGUAGAAGAUGCGUACAAAGCGUUGCGAUCGAAUUGCCCAGCGGCCGCGUCCGACUGCGUAGGGCAAUUCAACUUGAUCCACGCGCUGCAAGCCAAAUACAACUUGAGCUUUCAAGCCAACGUCAAGUUUAGCAAAAAGAUGCUUCCUGUGAUUGGCCAGCAAGUCGCCCAGGCGUUGCAAAAGUUCACGGCGCAGUGCAAGCGCAUUCUAAAUGCCCUCGAAACCAACGUCACGGUGAGGAACUCACAGACGUUUAUCACAGGCAAAGCGGAUUUUGAAAGCAAGUUGAACCCUUUACUUGAGAUCAAGUCGGAGCUGGACGCGAUCUCGGAUGCUUGUGCGAUGUACCAUGACUACCAAAAGAUCAUGGGAAUCAAGGUGACCCCGAUCGUGUUGCUCGAAAGCGCCCGAUGUCUUUGGCUAGAAGUGCAUGACGUGUGGACGUUGUGCCAGCAGUGGCGCAUGUCCCAUGCCAUGAUGCACGCGCACAAGUUUAUCAUGCAAUCUUGGACAAAAAACCAAGCCGCCACAGCGGAAUUUCUCGUCCGGUCGGAGAGCAUCAAAUGUCGAUUCGAAAACAAGAUAUUCGUGGCCAUCAAGGCGGAACUCCAUGCUUUUCUCAAGCAAUUGGACUUGACCGUCGAGUUGGGCGCGCCGUAUAUCAAACCCAUGCACUGGGAGCAAGUUUUCAAAAUACUAGGCGGGGACUUGAGUCUCCAAACAUUCUGUCUCAAGCAAUUGAACGACUUGGACAUGUGGUCACACUCGGACAAAAUCCGAACCAUCACGUACCAUGCGCGCAUCGACUCGGAAACGGAAGCCAAAUUGCAAGUCAUGAAGGCGCGGUGGGCUGCCACGGAGCUCGUCUGCCAAGGACUGCAACUGGAUCCAGUGGUUGUGGACGACUUGCUCGCAGCAUUGGACGACGAUUUGAUGCAAGUGCAAUGCUUGAUGCAAUUGACGUCCCAGCCGCUGCUGUACCAGGCGUUGGCGACGUGGAGCAAUGAAAUCAACUACAUCCAAGACACGUUGGAGCUGUGGGUGGCGGCCCAACACGACUGGGUCAAGUUGGAUCGGAUCUUUCAGUUGCCAGAUAUCCAACAAAGCGUGCGCCAUGCCAACGUCGAAUUCCAAGUGCUCUCUCGCAAGUGGAAGGCCAUGAUGAAGGGAGUCCGCACCAACACGUUGAUCCAGCACUGUGUUCGCGAAGUGACCAACCGCACGUUCCUCGGCGAUGCCAAAGCACUGUUUGAAAGACUAUGGAAGCAACUGGUGUUGUUUCUCCAUGAAAAAAGGCGUGAGUUUCCUCGGUUUAACUUUGUGUCGGAUCGAGAACUGCUCGCGAUCAUGGCGGGCACGACCUUGAGCCUGAGCCAGCCAUGCCACGACAACGCUGGGGCGCUCAGUGUCGUCGUAGCCAAGUGUUUUGAGCACGUGUGUCGAAUCUCUGUCGAAACAAUCCAACACGUCGUCAAAUCCCAGCCCACGUCGCCUCAAUCCAAGCCCACGACGACCCUGCCAUCGCCGACCAAACCAACGGCGGCGUCCACACGACAGCAUCCGCACACCAUGGGGUCCCCCGAAGAGUCUAGUUUUGGCGACGCCCCCACAUACUCGAUCGAAGUGUUUGCCGUGCACGGACAACACGAUGAAACGAUUUCGCUCAACAACUCGGUGAAAAUCACCCAGCGGCCCGAAGGAUGGAUGAAAGAACUGGCCAAAGUGCUGCGACGCGCCAUGAAAGAGAAUUUGCGCCACUUGAUGGCAGAGUACUCGGACCUGUUGCAGUACUACCUGCACGACAAAUCGCAGGACGCCCAAGCCACCGAGUGGCUUCAUACGUUGCUCGAUAACUGGCCAUUGCAACUGCUGGUGCUGACAAUUCGCGUGUUUUUUACCGGCGAGUGCACCCAGUGGAUUUCACAGCAACGAUCGUCUCAUGUCAUGCGAGACCGACUGCAGAAACGCACAAAAGAGUGCAUUGUGGCGUUGCGGCAACAAAGCACGACCAAGCAUAUCCAUGGACUCACCACCGUGACCACGACUUUAUUAAACGCACUCAACGUGUUUCAACGGUUGACGCAGAGCAACCAACCGAGCUUUGACUGGAGCCAACACUUGCAAUACCAUUGGAAUGGCGAUACCCAAACGUGCAUCGUAUCGCAUGGCGUCAAAACCUACGAUUAUGGGUAUGAAUACCUGGGGCCGCAGUCAGUGAUUGCCAUGACGCCGCUGACGGAACGCAUGAUGUGGAGCAUGAGCAUGGCGUUUCGGCUUCACUCGGGGUCGCUCUUGUACGGGGAAACUGGCGUCAGCAAGCAAGCGUCCAUCCGCGAGUUGGUCAACUGCAUCGGCGCGCUCUGUGUCGUGUACGAUUGCUCGAUUCAGUUCAACAUGCAUCAGCUGGGACGUAUCUUGGGCGGCAUCGUGCAAUGCCAAGCCUAUGUGUCUGUGGUCGGGUUAGAACAUGUCGAAUGUGAUCGCUUUGGGUUGUUUGUGCACCAAGUAAAACGACUCCAGCACGCGCUCAAGACACACAAGGAAAAGAUCUGCCUCGAUAGCACCGUCAUAACCCUGCAGGCCCACUACCCAUCGAUCCACCCCAACUACGGCGUGUUUUGCAAACUCACGACGCCGUCCCAAGCGCACACAACCGCCAUGGUGCGGCAAUGUGCGUCUGCGUUUGUCUCGUUCGCGUGCAAGUUUUCAUUGCCAGACGUCGCCGUGCUGAUUGAAUUGUACUUUACCGUCGUGGGGUUCCGCAACGUGGAUCGACUGACCAAGACCCUGCACUCGUUUCUGCUCCUCCUCGGAACUACGUACUGCCCGUCGCCGGGCGAGUUCCUCAGCGUGCGCAUCGUGCGCAAGAUUGUCGAUCUGUCCUCAACGUAUCUCGACAUGUUUGGAGAUGAACAACAAGUCGUGGCGUAUGCCGUGUGGAACUCGAUCGGGUCGCGCAUCUCACCCGAGAGAAAACUGGCCUUCUUAGCGCUCCUCCAUCGCCACUUUCCGUCGUUUCGACAUAUCCACUUGGACGUGACCAAGACCAAGUCCCACAUCCACGACCAAAUGGCCGUCCGACGACUCGUUCCCACACCUAUCAGCACUCGCAAAGUCGCCGAACUCCACGAUUUAUGCUCCAUGUAUGCCAUCAACGUGGUCACGGGCGAGAUCGCGUCGGGCAAGUCGACGACCAUCGCGUUGCUCAGUGGGCUUCGUAAAUACGCCCAAGGCGAACAACGCGUCAAGUGUUUUCGCAUCGCGACGGCGACGCUGGCGGUUGCCGAGUUUUAUGGCCAGUUUUGCAAUCAACAACACGAAUGGGUGGAUGGUAUUAUAACACGAUACAUUCGCCAACGCGCGUCGGAAACGUCGAGAAAGCAACACGGGUACAUCCCGUGGCUCGUCUUUGAUGGAAGCAUGAGCCAUGCCUGCGUCGAGCCGCUGUACGCCAUGACCGACGACAUGCCCCUGGUCCACUUGCCCAACGGCGACACCCUCGAUACUAGCCAUGUCAAAAUCUUCUUUGAAACGUGCUCGCUGGAAAACUGGUCGCCGUCCGCCCUCAGUCGUUUUGGCAUUAUGUACUUGCCAGCCGAUGGGUUGCCAUACACUGUAUUUAUCAAGGCGUGGAUAUUACGCCUUGAAAAGGCCGACCCACCACUGGACGAGCGCAUCCUUUCCGUGGCGAGGCAAUGCUCCCAACUCAUGCGAUCGCAUUUGUCGAGCUUAAUCGACGUCAGUCGGUCCAAUGGCCAUCCAAACAUUGCGUUUUCUCCGCCCACAAAGGUGAAUAAAUUGGUGUGCACAUUGCACCAGUUUCUGGAGAAAUUAAGUGCCAAUUCGCCAACGUUGAAAGCGGACGCCAUCCUCAUGUACAUAUGUGCCUGCACGUGGACCAUCGGCGCCGUCGUCAAGUAUUCCGCGCGCCCCAUAUUCCACGAGGCGUUGUUGAAAGUUGCUCCAGAACUGAAGUGCCACAAACUCUUCACCCACGGUCGCACGUGUUAUGAUGUAUUUUGGCACCACGAAGGCCCCAGAAUUGGCUUGGCGUCGUGGGCAUCCAGAGUGCAUGAAACCGACUGGUCCCGUCUUGCAAACCACCACAACAUCCUCGUGGCCAACGAGACAUCCGUGUGCGUGGAGUAUUUGGUGUCGCACUUUGCAACGGACAGGCGCAACGUGUUGCUCGUGGGUGCCAGUGGGGUGGGCAAGUCGUCGUUUACGCGGCGAGCCCUCCAUUCUCUGAGCGAUCGCAACAUGAUUCGCACCAUUCGACUGGGCAAACACACAUCUGCGAUAUCGUUCCAGGAACAAGUCCUCUCGGACCUGGAACGACGGAUGAAAGGGCUGUACGGGCCGUGUACGGGCAAGGAUGCUGCGAUGUAUCACGUCGAUGACAUGCACUUGUGUCAAACGGAAUGCCAAGAGCAAAUCCGACAAAUCGUAGACGUCAAAGGCGUGUACCACCGCACGUCGUUUGAGUACGUCGAGUUAUCGUCGCUGGUGUUUGUUGGCCUGGCGUCCCUCAAUCCGAGCUCGGUCAUGGAGUUACCGUUGCGACUUCUCCGUCAUUUCCACAUGAUCUGGACACCCGAGUUACCCCCCGACUCGAUCUUCGAAAUGUUCAAGUCCCUGCCAGCGUUUGUCGUCGAGCGAUCGCCCAUGUCUUUGGACUUGGAAACGUGCUGGAAAGUGCUCCAGUUCCCCCUCUUCGUGCUGCAAGCCAUGUGGGGGCACUCGUUUCAGUCGCCCCACGCGAUUUUCACCCUCGGAGACGUCCUCGACGUGUACCGCAGCUUGCUGCAGUCGGCGCCAUUCAAUUUCGAAUCCAAAUCCAAGCUCCAAGGGGUUAUGCUCAACUUGACUGCCACGUGUUUCCGAGGUCGGUCGAAUUUUUGCGACCAAGACGAGUGGGCAUAUGAUUACUUGACGUCGCCGAUCCGGCUUGCCCUGGAUUUCGACACCCACGACGAACGCACGUUGUAUCGGUUUGCCACCCACACCACCGACGGAAUCAGCGGGUACGCUAGUCUCACAAGUCAAGCCGCCGUAAACGUGUUCACCAUGGGAGUUGAAAAGUUUCACUGGCACCACCCGUCGUUCAACGAGUCGGCCGUGCGGCACUUGGUUCCGUUUCCCACCGCUGUUGACCACGUCUUGCGCGUCCUUGUGAGUCUCUCCGACAUCAAAUCCCACGUGUUACUCAAAGGACCUCGGGGCUGUGGCAAACGUGUGACGAUGAUCAUCGUGAGUGGAAUUCUAUCGUACAAAUACGUCGAAAUCCGCCAGACCGCGUUUCACGUGCUCAAGCAAACGCUUAUGAUUGUUGGUACGACCGCGACCAACCAUAUCAUCUACGUGGCCGUGGACGAACUCUCGACCGAUAUGCGACACGUUAUCAUGCAUGUCGUCUGCGACGGAGACAUUCCGUGGUCGCUGUAUGAGGCCCACGAGUUGGACGAUAUCGCAGACGCAAUGAAAAAGCUGCCGUCGUUGCAGCACUUGAACCCGAGCAAAGCGCAAUGCUACAGUUUGUAUCGCGACAAUUUGAAAAAAUACGUGCACCUGGCGCUCUCGAUUCGCAACAACCCCGUCGUGGUGGACGCCUGCGUGGACGACAACACAUCGUUAUUGCAUACGUGCAGCGUCCAUAUCUUUUCUCCGUGGAGCGUCGACUGCUUUGAAGCCAUUCUCACCGCCACGUCCGUCCCGCCUCUGUUGCAUCCAGUCAUGUUGCACAUACACGCCAGUGUGCUGGCGGCCCAGCCGACGCUACCUCGCUUGAACCGGUUGAAUUCCACCGCGGCGUUCAAAAUGUUUGUGAAAACGUACGAGACACUCCACCUCCAGUGUCUGAAACGAAUGGAGUCGAUACAACACGCGUGUACCAGUGGACUCAAACACAUGAAGGAACUCAUCCGCGAAAUUGAUCAACUCAACGCACGAGAGCGAAAACUCGCCAAAGCUGUCGAAGUCGUCGGAGCCAAAUCCGAUGAACUGCACCGGCGGUAUGAGAAACAACGGGUGAUCGAAGUCAAGCUACACGAAGCGUUUGCAGAGGAAGACCGAGCCUACCAAGUCAUGAAGCGCGCGAUCGACGACGAGAAGCGCAGUCUCCAGGACGAACUUGACCAAACCGUGCCCGAAAUCCAAGCGGCCAUCAUAUCGCUCAACAAAAUCAACAAAUUGCACAUCACAGAAAUGAAGUCGUUCACGUCACCCCCAGACCUUGUCCGCCUUGUCAUGCAAGCGGUGUGUGUGUUGCUCGGCUUGGGCGCGACGCCAACGUGGGAUGACGCGCUGUUUGUCUUGUGUGACAUGCGCUUCUUGGACCGGCUCAAGUACUUUGACAAAGACAACAUUCAAGACAGCGUGAUGCGGAAAUUGGACAAGUUCAUUAAACACCCAAAAUUCAACGAAGACGAAAUGAAGCGCGCGUCGAUUGCAUCGACGUCACUCUGUCGCUGGGUCCUCGCCAUGGUGCGGUACCACACUGUCAUGACGUAUGUCCGUCCAAAGCAAGCCAAGCUCGAAACUGCGCACGGACAUGUGGAUCGACUAGAGUGCGCCGUGCGAGCGGCCACCGACGCGUGGAAGGUGUGUGAGACAAAGACCAAGGCGCUACAUGCCGCGUGGACGGAAAGCGAGCAAAAGAAGGGGCACAUGCAAACCGAGUUGCUUCACGUCCGCGAACGCACGACCUCCGUGGAUCGCAUCAGCAUCGUGUUUGAAAACCUCAAGCCUCUGCUUCGAAAGCAAUUGCACGAUGUGAAAUGCGCCGACGACACUUUGAUCGGGGACUGCCUGGUCCUGGCGGCCACGGCAGCCUACUUGAAAACUGUCGUCCCAAGCCAACGCGUGCCGCUGGUGGACAUGUGGACAGAGCAGUGCGCCGCCGCGGGUUUCCGCACUUCGCCCAACAUGCUCGAGUCGACGCUAGGAAUGGAAGGCGUCCAAGAGCUACGCGCUGCUUGCACAUUGUCGGACAUGCAAAUCCUUAUCAAUUUGAGCCACUUGAAUCGGUGGCGGCAUACUCCUCCUUACAAAAAGUUUCCGUUGCUGUGGGAUCCCGCGGGCGUUGCUACGACUUGGAUCAAAGCCACGGAGCGAAUGGCGUUAGAGGUGAUCCCUGCCAACGACCCGAUGAUCAUGUCUCGGUUUGAAAUGACCCUGCCAAACUCGAAUGUGGUGAUUUUGGUGGACCAAGUGGGCCAAAUCUCCGAACCGGUCAUGUGGGAACUGAUCCAAGCCGUGACCGACCACAACUCGAAGCGACCCGUGUAUUUCGUAUCUGAAUUCGAAUGCACGCAACAGUGGAGCAUUCAGUUGGUCGAGGUAUUUGACAUGUUUAGCUUUGAACUGGAAGCCACCGACGUGCAAGAACACGUGAUGAACAUGUUUUACAUGCACUUUUCGGCCACGCAAGAAAGCGAAUUUCGCACCUUGAAUGAACGGCUCUUGGACGACAUGCGACAUCAAAGGACCCACGUGGACCACCUCUUGAAACAAGUCGCGCUGUCUCGGGCGAAUCUCCUCACAUGCGACGAAGACAUGAUAGCGCUGGUGACGCAGAUGAGUGCGCUCACACAGGCGCUGGGCAACAUUCAGAUCAAAUCCAACGCCAUAGCCCACAUUCAAACUACCCGCGUGCCAUUUCUAGAGAUUGGCCGACGCGGGCUCACGUUGGUCGACGCCGCCACCACCUUUGACCCGCGUCCUCGACAUAAAUGCAUGGAUAUGCUCCAGGACAGCAUCACCAAGCUCCCCAUGGACGUGGUGCAUGAACAGACGAUCGCGCAAAUCAGCAACCACGUGACCGCCGCGUUUGUUCGCGAAGCUCUGCACAGUUUGCCGUCCGAGUUGCACCUUGGGUUUUGCUGCUACGUGGCGUUGGGCAUCUGCGCGUACAACGAGCGCGAGAUUGUGGCCAUUUGCAAAGCUCAACUCACAGCAUUCCGCAACAGUUCGUUCCCAGGUGUUCAUGUGAUGGCAGACCAGUCGUCGCCGACCGUGACCCAUGCCGUGGCGAGUCGUGUGAUCACGUCCGCCAUCCGGACAUGCGUCGAUCGCAUCGUCGUCAAGAAGGCAGCGUCCACCACGCACGCCAUCCACAUGGCAAACAUUCUAGACGGCUCGGCAAGGGUAUACAUUGCGCGAGACGGCAACAAGCGCCGCCUCUGUACGGUUCAACUUUUGUCCAAGUGGCAACUUGUAUUCCAACACACGAUGGGAAUCACGUUUGCCGACCUUGUGGACGAUGUCGACAGCUUUCCACAAGUGUACGAACGGUACACCCAGUCCACCCCCGAGUCCAUAUACGACGUCCCUGCGACGGAAUUCGUGUCGCGGCUUCCCGCUCUCGUCAAGUUUGCCAUGGUGACGCUAUCCCACGACAGGAUUACACAAGCGAUGUUGCAUGAGCUGGUUCUAGCGGUGCUUCCUGGCGUGCUGCUGUUUCCGUCCACGUCCAUUGUCGACAUCGCAGGGCAAACAGACAGCCAUCGCCCCAUCGCCCUUCGAUACAGCGCCGACAUGGUAGUUCAUCCGUUGUGGUGUCUUGUAGAGUCGGCGCAAAGCAUGGGGAUUCGAGAAGACGAAGUGUGGUAUUUUUCACUGGCGUCGUCGGAGGAUGCAGUGUCGUCGGCGUUGAAAACGAUCAAGGACGCUGCCUUCCACGGCGGGUGGGUCAUUUUGCAGGAUUUGCACCAUAUCAACGCCUCCGAGAAAGCCGAGCUCGGACGGCAAUUCCAAGCCAUUGCCCACGGAGACAUUACAGUCAACGCGAACUUUCGCUUGUGGGUCAUCCACGACGCCGUCGACGCUCUCUUUCCUGCGUGCAACGUGAAAACGUACUUUUUCAACACGACCACAAUGAUGAUGCCCCGCAGCGCCAAGAGCCAGGCCAACGGCAGCACCUUCCACUCGAAAUACAGGCUCGGCCUAGUAUUAUUUCACUUGCUGGUCGCGAAUGGCUUGCAUGCCGGCAGCCCCACGCCCUCGACGCAAUUCAGCAUGUACGAAUUGGAGCAAGCAGACUAUUUGCUUUGCACGCUGUGUGACGAAAAGGACGUGGCGCCCGGCAUCCAAGCCGAAGAUUGGACUCCUGCCCAAGUAGCAUCCAUUCUUGCGCCUUUAUACAAGAGCAAGACGGCCGACGUCGCUUUGGGCAACCAAUAUGACGUAUUGUAUCGGUGGUGCCUUGAGCUUGCUUCAAACGACACAGCUAGAAGUAGUCGAGCUACGUUGCCCCCACAAUGGCAACGCUCGCUACUGCAUACUAUGACCGCCCUCAACGACUUUCACACAAAAUCCGUUGCCGUCGCCAGUAACGACAGUAGUCCCCGCCGCCCGUUGGCGGACAUUGUGCCACCGCCGCCGCCAGGAACGUGGCUGAAUGCGGCAGCGCUGGGGCUCCCGCAGUCCACCCGCGGUUACUUUGACUGGCAAGUGGCCGAGUCCAUUCUCAGUCACUUGACCGCUCUGGAACCCAACCACCGUCCGGUCUCAGCGAUACCACCCUCCACACUCGUGGACGCUCUGAUGUUUCAACUACCCAAAGCGACUGUAUUUCAACAUGCGGCGCGCAAGGCAUGGCAUGCUGCGUCCAACACUGUCGAAGAAGUGCUGUGGUUCGAGAUGUUGGCGUUCGAGAAGUACUUGGGGCACGUUUGGACGCAUUUGCGCACUGCGUCAAGCACUGCCGACCCGAUGCUCCAUCGCGGAUUCGUGGCCGAGUGGAUGUUGGCCAAGUACGCGGCGCCGUUUCGAUUGAGGGACUGGGUCGCGUGGGUCCAGGCGUCCGUGUCCAUGUACCAGGAAUGGCUGUGGUCGUUGCGUUUUCCCCUCAUUCGCUUGCAAGCGUGUCAGAACCCCAAAGCGUUGCUCAUGGCGACCUUGGAGCAAUAUGCGAUGGCGUUCGACGUGCCAGUGUGCGACGUGUGCUUUGCCGCGCUGUCACACCCUCCCGAAUGCUCCCAGACGUCGACACCAAGCAUUCAGCUGGGCCACUUGUACUUUCGGAAUGCAAAGUGGGAUGGCAGCCAACUGAACCUCCUCACCGACGAUGACAAUGACCAUGGCGGCACUGCCUUGAUCCACCGCAGCAAGCCCAUCGAAGUGUUUGCGUGGGUGCGCAAAGACCUGCAUCCCGACACAACGUACAAGUGUCCAGUGUACACGUACUACUUCACACAUCUCGCGGCGGGGAUUUCUUGGGACACUCCCAUCGCAUCUGCCCAUGUGACGUCCAUCUACCUGCCAAUUCCCACGCACAGCGACCCGCAGUACCAUGCCAAAGGCGUCGUGUGUGUCCUCAAUGAAGCGUUCCAACCUACACACCCGGUCAUUUAACUGUUAACAGUACUAGUUAUACCACCACCUUAAUCUUUC